AUGUAUGAGAUAUGCACCACAGCGGACUGCACACAAUCAGGUGUCCUUGAACACACCGUAGAGGACGAGGCUGCUGCACUCACCAAGGCCAAAACCCUCUACAAGUCCUGCACCAAUGAAAGUACAACUUGGAGACUGGAGGAUGUAGUCGCCAAACUUAAUGAAAAAUAUGAAACUCAACUUUUGGUGAACUUUUUUGUUGGCACCGAUGACAGAGAUUCCAAUUCACACAUCAUUCAUCCAUUUAACUGGACAUAUUUUACGUCAAAAAUUAUGAAUACAGUCAACAUAACUGUUCCUGAUUCAGAGAAGAUUAUCAACUAUUCACCAAACUACUACAGAAAACUCAACGUCCUCCUGGAAAAAUAUAGCAAACGGGAUCUACAGAACUACAUGGUGUGGCGCUUUGCUAUGAACAUGGUGGUGGGCCUGAGCCGGGCUUACAGGGACACCAGAAAAGCCUUUAGAAAGGCAAGAGCUAUCCGGGAAAGAAUUGGUUAUUCUGACAACAUUAUGGAUGAUCGGUUCCUCGACAAUGAGUAUAAAGACAUAUGGUGUGGAACCCAUCGGCCGAAGCAAGCUGUCAAUUCCAUCAAAGUAGACGUUCACAGUCCAGGACAAUUCAGUGGGCCUCCUGCGGUGGUGGUGGUGGUAUGUCUGUGGGGGCCGUGGGCAUGCUGCCUCAGGAAUGCUUCAUGUGAGAGGGUCACGGGGACUAUCACAACAGUAUAUCUUUGA